UAACAUUAUUAAAAAAGAAAAAGAAAAAAUGAAGAAGAAAAGAAAUAAAAACACCUUUCAUCCCUAGAGUUGAGCACACAUAUUUUUUUUUUUGUAGAAGGAUGAAUCAGUUGAUAGUCAAACAAUUAACAGUUCUUCUCUGGAAAAAUUUUACAUUAAAGAAAAGGCAGAUGAUUAGUUCAGUAACAGAAAUCAUGGCAGCUUUGUUGUUUGUAAUAAUGUUGUUGCUAUUCCGUGCAUUUACGAAUAUAACCAUUGCUGGACCGUAUCAUUUCAAACCUCAAUCCAUUGCUACCAUGCCUUCUUUCAUCAAAGAUGCUAAGGAAUGGGAAUUGGUUUACAUACCUUCUGACAUUGAUGUGGUAACAGAAAUCAUUGAGAAUGUAAAGAAGAAUCUCAACACCACUAUAAAAGUUCGAGGCUUUGCUUCAGAAGCUGAGUUUGAGAAGUAUAUUCUGUUUAAUUAUACAUCUCAGAAGGUGCUGGCUGCUAUUGUUUUUGACUGUGGCUUCAAAAACAAAAAUGAUCCUCUGCCACUUAAGGUAAAAUAUCAUUUGCGUUUUAUUGGUACACAAAGGACCAUCUGGUGGCCCGACAAGCUAGGUUGGAAAACAGCAUUUCUUUUUCCUAAUCAUCCUCCUAUACAACCCAGGAAUCCAAAUUUUAUUGAUGGAGGAAGUCCUGGGUAUAUCAGGGAAGGAUUCCUGGCAGUACAGUAUGCCUUGGAUGAGAGCAUUAUGUUGUAUCAUGAAAACAGUGCUGGGAAAAAGCUAUUUGAUGAAAUUAAUGUUCUCAUACAGAGAUUUCCAUACCCAGCUCAUCCUCACGAUAAAUUACUUUGGAUCUCCGGCCCUUUCUUCCCCUUGAUGUUCAUACUUAUGUUCUCUUCCAUUGUACUCUCCAUCAUGCGGUCCGUUGUGUUUGAGAAGGAGAAAAGAUUGAAGGAAUACCAGCUCAUAAUUGGGCUUAGAAAUUGGAUCAUCUGGGCUGGCUAUUUCUUCACCUUCUUCCCUUUAUAUGUCGUCAUCAUCUUUUUGAUAUGUGCAUUACUCUUUGUCCAGAUUGCAGAGGAGCCAGUCUUGCGAUACAGUGACAGUAGUUUCAUCUUUGUCUUUCUUACAUGUUAUGCCAUCGCGUCUAUAUGCUUUGCCUUUAUGGUUAGCACUUUCUUCAAUAAAACUCAUGUAGCUGCUUCUGCUGGAAGCCUCCUGUUUUUUGCCAGUUUCUUUCCCUAUAACUUCAUCUCUGAAAACUAUGGAACGUUGGACCUUACUACCAAGGUGACUGCCUGUCUGAGCGCAAAUGUUGCAUUGGCACUAGGGAUUAAUAUUUUAACCAAGAUGGAAAUAAAAGAGAUUGGUGUUAAAUGGCAUAACCUUUGGACACCAACCAGUCUUGGGGAUAACCUCCUCUUUGGCUAUAUGUUUGGAAUGCUUUUGCUUGAUGCUUUCUUAUACAGCCUUGUUACCUGGUAUGUAGAAACUGUCUUUCCUGGGCAGUAUGGUGUGCCUCAACCAUGGUACUUUUUCCUUAUGCGCUCAUACUGGUUUGGCAAACCAAAAAUUAGAAAGUCUGCAGAAGAGACGAAGUGCUUACCCAUAAAACAUGACUGUUUUGAGGCUGAACCUACCAACUUGGUGGCAGGUAUACAGAUCAAAUGUUUGCACAAGGAAUUUAGAAACAAACCUGCAGUAAACAACCUGUCGCUGAACGUGUAUGAGGGGCAGGUCACUGUUCUUCUGGGACACAAUGGGGCAGGAAAGUCCACAACCUUGUCUGUUCUCACAGGUCGUUUUCCUGCUACCAGAGGAGAAGCCUAUAUUAAUGGAUAUAAUAUUUCGGAUAACAUGAUUGAAAUUCGAAAAGAGUUGAGCUUCUGCCCUCAACAUGACCUGUUGUUUGAUGACUUGACACUAUCAGAACACCUUUUUUUCUACUGGACGGUCAAAGGAAAACCUAAGGACGUAUGCUGUAGGGAUAUUGAGCGUAUGAUGUCUCUGUUUAACCUGAAAGAUAAUUACCAUUCAUUAUCUGGCUCAAUGAGUGGAGGAAUGAGGCGCAAGCUCUCCAUCAUUAUAGCGCUUUCAGAGAGCUCCAAGGUGGUGAUACUUGAUGAACCAUCAUCUGGCAUGGACCCAGUAUCAAGAAGGGCCACCUGGGAUUUCCUUCAGCAUCUUAAACGCCGUCGGACCAUUUUAUUAACCACCCACUACAUGGAUGAAGCUGACAUCCUGGGUGACCGCAUUGCUAUCAUGGUCAGGGGGACCUUGCACUGCUGUGGUUCUUCAGUCUUCCUGAAACAAAUAUAUGGUGCUGGAUAUCGCAUAGUGAUGGAGAAGGAACCAUAUUGUGAUGUUUACAAUAUCUUUGCAAUGAUUCAGCAUUAUGUUCCAGACGCUGUGUUGGAUAAUGAUUUAGGAAGUGAGUUAUCAUUUCUCCUACCCAAAAAGUAUGUAUCAAGAUUUGAAGCUUUGUUUACUACAUUGGAAAUGAAACAGAAAGCACUGGGAAUUGCCAACUUUGGAGCUUCAAUCACUACAAUGGAAGAGGUUUUCCUUAAGGUCAAUAAGAUGGCAGCUCCCCAAAGGAGUAUUCAGGAUAUCAAACCCUAUUACUUGAAUUAUGAAAAGAUGAGACAAGAUAAGCAGCAGAAUGUGAAUAUACCCAGAAAUUAUAACAGACAAAAUUUUCCCUAUUUGAGAGAAAUUAAUACAAUUAAAUUUAACACUGGGUUUCCGCUUUACCGCCAGCAGUUUUGUUCCAUGUUUAUAAAAAGAGCACUAUUCAUGUGGCGCAACUGGAAGCUGAUGUUACUACAGAUCAUAGUAAUUACGGUUGUCACUACAUAUCUUUUAUUAGCUCUGCGCUUAGAAGAUAAUGAUUUACCUGAAAGGGAAUUGGAUUUGACUCACUAUGGUAGAACCAUUGUUCCUUACUCAAUUUCAGGGAAUUCUGAUUUGGCUCUGAAUCUCAAAAAGAACCUUAAGAUUUUUCUACAGUCAAAGAAUCAAAACUUAAGAAAAAUAAAAGGUGAUAUAAAUGAUUACAUAUUGGGAAGUAAAGAGUGUCGUAACUUCUGCAUUAUUGCACUUUCUAUUAAAGUUGAGAAAAACAAAACAGUGCUCACUCUUUUCUUCAAUAAUGAGGCAUACCAUUCAUCUGCAAUAUCCCUGGCAGUAUUAGACAACAUUCUUUUUAGGACCCUUUCUGGACCUAAUGCUUCCAUUACUGGCUUCAAUAAGCCUCAACCUCACCCUUAUUAUGGUCCUAACACAGUGCCUGUAAGUGGAUUGCAAAUAGUACAGUGUUUGGUUUUUGGCAUUUCUGUGGUGGUGGGGACCUUUAGUCUCCAGACAGUGACUGAAAGGAUCAGUCAAGCCAAGGACAUCCAGUUUCUGAGUGGUGUGUAUGUGCUCACGUACUGGCUCUCUGCCCUGUUGUGUGACCUCAUCUUCUUCUCCAUCCCCUGCUGUGUACUACUGGGUGUAUUCAGAGUCUGCCAAGUGGAUGCAUUUAUUGUGAGUUAUAACUUUCUGGACAUAAUGCUGAUUUUCAUGCUGUAUGGCUGGUGUGUUGUUCCUCUCACAUAUCUUGGAAGCUUCCUGUUCCAGAGCAGCACUACUUCCUACAUCAAGCUCACACUUUUUAACUACUUCUCAACUAUUUUCAGUAUCGUCAUUUCUACUAUACUGAAAUUUUAUGGUAGUGACGUUCCUGAAUUCGUCAGCAACCUCAUAAAUUCAGCUUUAAUGAUACUGCCCGGUUACAACUUUGCAAUGAGUAUCAGCAAGUAUUUUGAUGACUAUGAGGUGAAAACGCUGUGUGCUCAGAAAUUUAGAAGGAUCCACAUGGACUGCAGUGAGUCGUAUACUCAGAAUGAUGUGUAUGGCUUUGGAGAGCACGGCAUUGGGAAGUUUCUGGUCAUGCUGGCUGCCAUGGGUUUAGUUUUUCUCCUCUUGCUUUUGUGCCUGGAGACAGUUUCAUGGAACCUGAAGAACUUGGUCUUUCGUAACAUUAUUUUUUAUUUCUACAACAAAUUCAGAAACAUCAGGGAAGCUGUAGAGUCUAACCAAGGAAGCAAAGAAGAGGAGGAUGAAGGCAUACAGGAAGAAAGAAGGAAAGUCCGCACACUGCUACUCAGGUCCCAGCAUACCCCUCUGGUCCUCAAUGAAGUUUCAAAGAUUUAUUUUAAGUGUCCUGUUGUUGAGGCUGUGAGAAAUAUCUCCCUUGUAGUCAGGAAGUCAGAGUGCUUUGGAUUGCUUGGAUUAAAUGGAGCUGGAAAAACUACUACCUUUAAAAUGCUGACCGGAAUCGAGACUAUCACCUCUGGAGUCGCGUUGAUCGACGGCCGGAGUGUCACCAAAAAUCAAAAAAAGAUUAGGUCAAGAAUUGGUUACUGUCCUCAGUCCGAAUCUGUGCUGAACCACAUGACAGGCCGGGAACUGCUGAUCAUGUACUCCAGGCUGUGGGGAGUUCCAGAGCAAAACAUUGAAGAGUAUGUGGGAACCUUUCUUCAUUCAGUGUACCUGGAACCCAUUGCUGACCAGCUUAUCCACACAUACAGUGGUGGAAACAAACGUAGGCUAAGUACUGCUAUUGCCCUAAUGGGAAAGUCUUCAGUUGUCUUACUGGAUGAGCCAUCUACUGGCAUGGACCCAGUAGCUCAGCAUCUGCUAUGGGACACAGUUACAUGGAUCUGUAAGACUGGUAAAGCUGUCAUCAUAACUUCUCACAGAAUGGAAGAAUGUGAGGCACUCUGUACGAGGCUGGCCAUCAUGGUAAACGGGAGGUUUACAUGUCUAGGCAGCCCCCAGCAUGUCAGAAAGCGGUUUGGUCAUGUGUACACUCUAACAGUAAAGAUCAAUAUUGCUGAGAAUGAAGAUAAAGUAGCAGAGUUCAAAAAAUUCAUUGAAACAACUUUCCCAGGUAACAUCAAAAACCAGGAGUUUCAAGGGAUUAUUGGCUACUAUAUUCCAAGCAAGGAAAUCUGCUGGGGAAGGGUAUUUGAAGCUAUGGAGGAAGCUAAAGUGCUGUUCAAUCUGGAAGACUAUUCUGUCAAACAAGUGGCACUGGAGCAAAUCUUUCUGACCUUUGCUAACACCGACAGGAGGAGAACUUCUGAUGAAAUAAAUAUGCUGUAAGAUUGCA